ACCUUAUAAAACUUAAGAUGUCUAUAAAUACCCUUUUUCCCUUCACAACUAUCUUCACAAAAAAAAGGAGAAUUGAAGCAAUAUCACAUCACUAAAUCUCUCUUAACAAUUCAACACACAAGAUCCAUCAUGGGUUCCAAGAGAAACCCUAAAGCAGUUUCCCUGUUCCUCCUAGUGAACAUUCUCUUCUUCUUUACCUUUGCUAAUGGUUGCCCUACUUGCCACCCUCAUAAAAGACACACUCAUCAUCGACGCUCUAAUCCACCCUUUAAUCCCACUCCAGGCACUAAUUAUCCACCCUAUAAUCCCACUCCAGGCACCAAUCCACCCUUUAAUCCCACUCCAGGCUCUAAUCCAGGUACACCAGGCUCUAAUCCAGGUUCUAACCCUAAUUCUACAGUAACUUGCCCAAUAAAUGCCCUACAACUAGGAGUAUGCGCAGAUGUUCUAGGCGGGCUGCUAAACAUAACGAUUGGAAAUCCUCCUGUGACCCCAUGUUGUAGCCUCAUUAGUGGACUGGUUGAUCUCGAGGCAGCUGUUUGUCUUUGCACUGCCAUAAGAGCAAAUAUUUUGGGCAUCAUUUUGAACAUACCAAUCUCUCUCAGUUUGCUUCUCAAUGUUUGCUCAAGGAAUGUCCCUCCAGGUUUCCAGUGCCCUUAGAGGAUCGAGAUGAUCAUGAUCAAGAACAAGAUCAAACUUUAUUUGCAGCCUAUUAUUAAUUAAUUAAUUGGUCCUUGAUCAGGCCUUGCAUGCUUUAUUUAUAUCUACUACUUCAUUUUGUGUAAUAAUAAUUGGCUUAUGAAGCCAUUGCAUGCAUGCAUAUGCAUGCUUCCAGAUUGAUAUCCCUUCUUUAAUUUCGUGUU